UGCUGCAGGGAUGACGUCACUUUGUACCGGAACCGGAAGUUAGCAUCACACUGGUUUCCUGGACAAAAACCCGAUAGGAUUUUCCCAUAGGCUUUUGUAUUAUAGCAAAAAAACAAGCUCUGUGAUCAACAAAAGUUUACAGUACGUUUUGUCCAUCAAGAUAAUUUUCACAAAAUGAACACAACUUUUAUGAAGUUUGAAGCCUAAAUACAAUCGCCAGUAAUAAAAAGCUAAAGACAUGCUAGAAAUGAACUACACCACGGUCGCUCGAUUUAAACGUCACCAUCACCAAGCUUACGAAUACUUUUCCAAACUUGAUUUAAAACAUUUUCUAUAACACGGAUUUACUGUGUAAAUCAUCCACAUUUUUCGGGGGGAAUUGUGCACAGCAAACCUGAACCAGUUUAUCUGCAAAUAUUUGUCCUGUACGGCGUGAUGACGUUUAAUGUCCCCGACAAACUCCGUAGUCUCAUUUAGCAACUUGUUAGCGACCGCCUUUUUCAGUACGCGUAAAAGCGUUUUAAAAAAUCAUGAGUGGGGUAUAACUGGUGUAUUUAUGUCGUAGAAUAAAAGUGAAAAUAUUUCGAGCUUGUGUUUACCACAGACCUUAUUUCAUUCUUUUAACCAAAAUCCCAUUUUAAAAACCUAUUAACUUCGGGACGAAGUGCUAAAAUGCUAAUUCGUUUUGGCGUUAUAAAAUGACGUCAUCCCUGCGCCACUCAAUAAUAUCGCUAUUAAACUCUGUGCUGUUUACAAUCGGCUUCCAUUUUAGUUUUCAUCCGCUUCCUUAUAGUUCUGUGACUGGUUCAAUCCCAAACCGCUCCCUAUAUUCUAGUGCACUGAGUAGGGAGUAACCGCCAUGACAUCACAUCUUAAGUAGUGCUCGCUCAGAGAGAGGAAGUAUUUGGGAUCGAGCCGGGGAUUUCAGCACCACAGCGGUUUUCUUCAGCAUCCACACCAGAGGAAGAAGCACGAGCUCGGUAGGAAGCUGCUUGUAGCUCCGCCCAGUUAGUGGGCGGGAAGUGGAGGUGGAAGUGGCGUGAACGUCCUCGCUGGUCGGAGAUGAAGUGAUCUCUCGGUAUUAUGGACCAUGCUGAGUCUCAACCCGAUUCAUCCCGCUCGCUGGAGGAGGAAGAAGCUCCUGUGGUGGGAAACCAUGCUGAGCACUGUUCGGGUAAUCAGACGUUCCAUGCGUUGUUGAGUGAGGACACGGAGGACACGGAGGAGACGGAGGGGCAGAGACCCGGACACCCGAUAGACGCCUCCACCAACACGGAGCCGAAGCGACGAUGCUGCGGGUGGCUGAGGAGGCGGUGCCCGUGUCCCCCCCGCGGCCUGCUGGCAUCACUUAUCACCAAAGCAUCCAUGGCCACGGUGUUAUUCGGAGUGGUUUGGUCCAUCACUGAGGACGAGUGUCUCCCCGGAGGAAACCUGUUCGGCAUCGUCAUCGUGUUUAUCUGCUCUCUGAUUGGAGGAAAGCUUGUGGGAUUAGUCCGUCUGCCCCGCCUCCCGCCCCUCCCUCCUCUCCUGGGUAUGUUGUUAGCAGGUGUCCUCCUCAGGAACAUCCCCGUGGUAACGGAGGCGGUGUACAUCGACUUCAGAUGGUCCGCGUCUCUGAGAAACGGCGCCCUGGCUGUCAUUCUGACCCGAGCUGGCCUGGGAUUGGACGCUUCGGCGCUGAAGAAGCUGAAGGCGGUGUGUGUCCGUGUGGCUGCGGGUCCGUGUCUCAUCGAAAGCUCGACCGUGGCUCUGCUGUCUCACUUCCUCAUGGGACUUCCCUGGAUCUGGGGCUUCAUACUGGGGUUCGUUCUGGGUGCCGUGUCUCCUGCUGUGGUGGUUCCCUCCAUGCUGCUACUGCAGAAGGACGGGUACGGGGCGGAGCAGGGCGUGCCCACGCUCUUAAUGGCCGCCGGAAGCUUCGACGAUGUCCUGGCCAUCACAGGGUUCACCACCUGCCUCGGCAUCGCCUUCGCCACCGGCUCUACCUGGUUCAACAUCCUCCGAGGGUUUUUAGAGGUUUUAGGGGGUGUGGUUGUGGGCGUGGCUCUCGGGUUCUUCCUUCGUUAUUUUCCCAGUGAAGACCAGAAAGGUCUGGUGCUGAAGCGUUCCUUCCUGCUGCUCGGUCUCGGUGUGUUUGCUGUGUUCGGCUCUAACGUGGCCGGAUUCCCCGGGUCUGGAGGACUCUGUACGCUCGUCCUCGCGUUCCUCGCUGGAACCGGCUGGGAAAAUAACAAAGCUUCUGUAGAGGAGGUUGUAGGUAAGGUAUGGGAUGUGUUUCAGCCUCUGUUGUUUGGGCUGAUUGGAGCUGAAAUCCGGGUCGGUGCUCUAGAGCCUAUCACAGUGGCUCUGGGUCUGGCCACUCUCAGCAUUGCCCUGAGUGUGAGGAUCUUCUUCACCUUCCUCAUGGUGCUCUGCGCUGGAUUUGAUUUGAAAGAGAAGAUCUUCAUCGCUCUGGCCUGGAUGCCUAAAGCCACUGUUCAGGCUGCGAUUGGCUCGACGGCUCUGGACACGGCGCGUGUGAAGCAGGAUGAGGAGUGUCAGCGUUUUGGUAUGGACGUGCUGAGCGUGGCCGUUCUCUCCAUCCUCAUCACUGCUCCACUCGGAGCGCUGCUCAUCGGCCUGUGUGGACCACGCCUACUGAGGAGACCCAAGAACCCCGAGUGGGCUGUAAGUCAGGGUACUCUGUCGCCAUCAGAUGCCCGGGUCACCUACGAGAGUGCAAUCUGAUACUUGUGGAACUUUCCAGAACAGGCAGUCAGAAGAUCAGUACCUCAAACUCUGGCUUUGUGACUCUCCUGUAACUCUAUUUUGUCUCCUCUAUGACUCUCCUGUGACUCCUCUGUCUCUCCUCUGUCUCUCCUCUGACUCUCCUCUGUCUCUCCUCUGACUCUCCUCUGUCUCUCCUCUGACUGUCCUCUGUCUCUCCUCUGUCUCUCCUCUGUCUCUCCUCUGUCUCUCCUCUGACUGUCCUCUGUCUCUCCUCUGUCUCUCCUCUGUCUCUCCUCUGACUCUCCUCUGUCUCUCCUCUGACUCUCCUCUGUCUCUCCUCUGUCUCUCCUCUGUCUCUCCUCUGACUGUCCUCUGUCUCUCCUCUGUCUCUCCUCUGACUCUCCUCUGUCUCUCCUCUGACUCUCCUCUGUCUCUCCUCUGACUGUCCUCUGUCUCCUCUAUGACUCUCCUCUGUCUCUCCUCUGUCUCUCCUCUGACUCUCCUCUGUCUCUCCUCUGACUCUCCUCUGUCUCUCCUCUGACUGUCCUCUGUCUCUCCUCUGACUGUCCUCUGUCUCCUCUAUGACUCUCCUCUGUCUCUCCUCUGUGACUACUUUGUUUUUUUUUCUUUCUUUUUUUUAAACAAUUUUGACCAUAGAAUUUUGCAGGUUUGUUAUGUAUACACAUUGCUCUUGAUUAUUUUAAGGCCUUUAUUUUACAUUUAUAUUUCUAAAGAGACGACUGAAAGCGGGAAAUAUAGACAAACAUUAUUUCUAUUUAAGUCUUUGUUGUAAUAAAAAAAAAGGGAUUAUCUGUUUUAAAGAUAAAACAGCAUCAUGCUGGAAUUAUGCCAUUUUGCUCACCACAAUAAAUCAGUGUGUAUUUUAUAAAAUAUAAUUAAAUUAUAUUAAAUGAAAUGUUAAUCAGUUUUUCUCAGGUCAUCGUGCUCCUUGCGCUCUUACGGCUCCAUCAGUAUUGAAAACUUUAUUUAUUUCUUUUCUCCUGUUUCACUGCUGGAAUGAACACACGGUUGCUUUUGCAUUGAUUCUGAUAUAUUUUUCAUGGAUUUUUUGUAUUUAUUACUAACAGUAUAUUGUAUAGACAUUGCAGCGUGUUACAUCAAUACUGUACAAAUGGGAUCAUACAGAUGAAUCAUACAGGGAUAUUUUCAUGACUCUGGUCAGUAAUGACUCGGUGUAUCCAUUAAAGGAUUAUGACAAUUA